GCGCCGCUUCCCAAACUACACUUCCCAAGCUCCCUCCUGGGCGGGGCGCGGGGCGGGGCGCGGCUGGUACCGGCCGUGGGGAGAGCAGGAUGCUGGAGAUGGCGGCGGCGACGGUGGAAAUGCUGCUGUAGCGCUGCCUCUCUGUCUCUCUGUGCUUCGCCUCGGGCCGCGCCUGAGCGAGGAGCACCUGUGAGGAGCGGGGCUGCCGCCCCGGGGCGGCUCGGACUGCGCCGUGCCAGGGAGCUGUCACCUCCCACCCAAUAAAGAAGAAUGUCUUUGUUUAAAGCUAGAGACUGGUGGUCCACUGUACUUGGAGAAAAGGAGGAAUUUGACCAAGGCUGCCUGUGUGUUGCUGAUGUUGAUAAUAGUGGCAGUGGACAAGAUAAAGUUAUUGUGGGCAGUUAUAUGGGAUACCUCAGAAUCUUUAAUCCACAUCCUGUGAAACCUGGAGAUGAAGUACAGCCUGAAGACUUACUCUUGGAAGUGCAGUUGAGAGAACCAAUAUUGCAGGUGGAAGUGGGAAAAUUUGUUUCUGGUACUGAAGGACUUCAUCUGGCUGUGUUGCAUUGCCGAAAACUCUGUGUAUAUGCUGUUUCAGGAACUCUGGGAAAUGUGGAACAUGGGAACCAGUAUCAGAUUAAGCUGAUGUAUGAGCACAAUCUUCAGAGAACUGCUUGUAAUAUGACUUAUGGUCCAUUUGGUGGUGUAAAAGGUCGAGAUUUGAUAUGCAUACAGUCCAUGGACGGGAUGCUUAUGUUGUUUGAACAGGAAAGCUAUGCUUUUGGCCGUUUUUUACCCGGUUUUCUUCUGCCUGGUCCCUUGACUUACAGCUCUCGCACAGAUUCUUUCAUUACAGUGUCUUCAUGUCAACAGGUUGAAAGUUACAAAUACCAAGUGCUGGCAUUUGCGACAGAUGCUGAUGAAAGACAAGAACAGCAAAAACUUAGCUCUGGAAAAAGGCUUGCGGUGGAUUGGGUUCUAAACAUCGGAGAGCAAGCACUGGAUAUAUGCGUUGUCUCAUUUAAUCAGGGAGUUUCUUCUGUUUUUGUGCUUGGUGAGAGAAACUUCUUUUGCCUUAAGGAUAAUGGGCAAAUACGAUUUAUGAAAAAGCUUGAUUACAGUCCGAGUUGCUUCAUUCCUUAUUGUUCAGUGCAAGAAGGAACAAUAAACACUUUAAUUGGAAAUCACAAUAAGAUGUUGAAUGUUUAUCAAGAUGUUACACUGAAAUGGGCCACUCAACUUCCCCACAUUCCUGUAUCAGUAAAAGUAGCGAAUUUUCAAGACUUGAAGGGUGUUAUAGUCACUCUGACUGAUGAUGGGCAUCUUCAGUGUUCUUACCUUGGAACUGAUCCUUCGAUCUUCCAGGCUCCUAAGGUUGAUGCUAGGGAAAUAAACUAUGAAGAAAUGAAUGCUGAAAUGAAAGAGCUUCAAAAAAUCAUCAGGGAGGCCACAAAAACACAAGAUAUUUUGCCUGAAUCUGAAAAACAGAGAGAUUUAACUGUCACAGCAGAAGUUUCACCUGAUUUGGAUGCAGAAUCUCAAGCCAUUGAGAGUGAGGUAAAAGCAGAGGCAGUACCAUCAGUCACAGUAAAGAUAACAGUACAGAGCAGAGUGGCUGUGCAGAAGCCGAGCCUGGCAGUAUGUGUGCAAGCUCCGUUAGCAGUGACCCGUGACCAGUUCGUCUUUGAUGAUUUAGAACCAGAUUCAUCUGAAACUGUGGUCCUGUCUGUCUUUUUGAAGGGGAAUUGUACUCCAUCAGAACUAGAAGGAAAUUGCAUGGUUUCAUAUAAUAUACCAACAGAGCUCAAUCCUGAAGGAAUACCGAGAGUUGCACAGUGUAACUUCAGUCUGCCUUUGCGGUUAAUUUGCUUUCCAUGUCAACCUUCAAAAGCAGCAAACCACAAGCUAACUAUUGAUACCAACAAACCUCCAGUCACUUUUCUCACCAUUUUUCCAGACUUUGUUGAUCCAUCUGAGGGUGACCAGGCAAAUGCUCUGGGAUUUCUAUUUUUAACUGAUUCAAAAACCACUCUUCUUGCUUCAAAAACAUCACAACGAUAUAGGAUCCAGAGCGACCAGUUGGAAGACCUUUGGCUGAUAACGAAAGAGCUCACACGCCGACUAGAGGAACAUUUCAAGAAGCAAAACUGCAAAGAUUUUGCAUGUACCUUUUCUGGUUCAAUUCCUCUGCAAGAAUAUUUUGAACUAAUUGAUCGACAUUUUGAGCUACGUUUGAAUGCUGAAAAAUUUCAGGAACUGUUAUCUGAAAGGGCCGUACAGUUUCGAGCUAUUGAGCGACGACUGCUGACACGAUUCAAAGAUAAAACUCCUGCUCCUCUUCAACAUCUGGACACCUUGCUAGAAGGAACAUUCAGAGAGGUAAUAGCUCUAGCAGAUGCAGCAGAAGAAAAUCAAGCCAACGUGUUCCAGGCAUUCACAAAGUUGAAAAGUGCCACCCAUCUGGUGAUUAUGCUGAUUAGUUUGUGGCAGAAGCUCAGCACUGAUCAAGUUGCUAUUCUGGAAGCUACGUUUUUGCCAUUAGCAGAAGAUACACAAGAGCUGGGUUGGGAAGAAACUGUGGAUGCUGCAGUUUCUUACUUGUUAAGAACUUGUUUGUCAAAGAGCUCUAAAGAGCAGGCCCUGACUCUCAGCAGCCAGUUGUGCAUGCCCAAAGAUACCAGCAGACUGAAGAAGAACAUCACCCUCUUCUGUGAUAGAUUGGCCAAAGGUGGUCGCCUUUCAUUAAGUACAGAUUUGGCCUCUCAGCAAGCUGCUGUCAUGCCAGGUGGCUGUGCUACAAUCCCAGAGUCUGAUUUAGAGGAAAGAACCGUUAUACUGGGCUCCACAGCAGUGUUUUCCAGUCAUGGGCAGAUCACAAAGCAGAAAUCCAAGCAUGGUUUGUCUGAGAAUGCAGCAGAGGAAGUGAAAAGCCAUGAAACCUGAAGACAAUCCUCAGGAGGAAUUUCUAUCUGAUGUCUGAUGCAUUUAUAAUGCAGUAGUACUGAUCCAUUUUAAUCUGUACUGAUUGCAGUUUCCAGAAGGAGAGGACUGUGCUAAUUUAUUAAAAAAAAAACCAGAACAAGUUACAUUGUAAUAAUUUUGGUUGGGUCCCCUUAACAACUACUAGCAUCCUUUCUGUGAGCAAAGUUUAAGCACUUACCCAACUGUUGUAGGGGUGUUGUGUUGUAUUUUACAAUAUAUCAUCCCUUUCUAAGGAUUCAGUUGAUUGAUCAAAGACUGUUUACACAUAGUUAAAAGCAGCCUUUGUUUCAGGAUAUGUUUUAUCUUUUAAAAAAAAAUAUUCUGAACUGCACCUCCCUUUGAGAUUAUAUUAACAUUUGUUAUAUCACAGUUUUGACAAAAGAUAACUAUCUCGUUUCCUCUUGUACUAACGUUCACAAUUCCAGACAGCUGAAUUCACUACCAGAAGAAAAACUGGUAAUCCAUCAACUCUUUUUCUACUCUCUCAUUGCUUAUACAGACUCCUGCUCUCUAGAGAUAUAGAGUAAAAUAUGGUUACUGGACAUAAAGGGCAAACCCUUUUACCAUUAACUAUGUCACUAUGAAUGGGAAUAAAAUUUACACUGUAAGUACGUUGAGCACAGCAACACAUGGAUCUUUUUAUGGUUACCUGUGUUUUUCUUGUCAAUCAGUCUGUUCUAGUUAUGGGCAAGAUUUUCAAAAGUAACUAACAAUUUUUGAGUGCCUUAAUUUUUAUUAAUCUGGUUGGAGGAUGCUUUGAGUGUUGUGUAUUUAGAAAGUGGUGAGUAUCCGCCUUCUGAAGGUCAGGUCCACGCAAGGUACUUGCAACUGAGGCGAACUUUGAGAGGACUUUGGCCUAGAGUUUGGAAGAGUCAAGCUCGUGUCUGGAUUUCUGAGACUGAGUUAAGAUAUUACUAAAAUGUACUUGGAAACGAAAAUAACUGAGACCUAGGUCAAAUGUAUAAACAGCAUUUGAAUGAGCCCUCUUCUGACUGUUGCUGGUUCAUACCAAAAUACAAGUUGCAGUCUCUUGGAUGGCAGAUAGAAAAUGCACUGAUAGUCUCAGUUUAGUUUCUGGUAGAUGCAAUUGCCUGAGCCAUCUCCACAGUCCAUGCUCCUGUUGGUCUCCUCAACAGGGGUUCACCAACUCCUGUUCUAGCUGUAGAAUAGGAGAGAUUGUGAGAAGAGAUUGUGACAGUUGCUGUGGUCGAUGCUAGCUUGAUUUGUGGACAAUAAGGAGACACUGUUUUUCCAGGAUGUCUUAAGCCAUCAACCUUCAUCCUCUCCAUAUCUACUUUCAAAUUCUUUGCAUCCACUCCUGAAACAAAACCAGCUUUGCACUGCUUGUGUAUUUGCUGCUUAACCCUCUGGUCCUACUCUAGUUCAGUAAACAUUAUAUAACUGUUUCAAGGAUUUUUUUUAAUAUGUUAGCUAUUAAAUAGAGCUCAGUAGCCAGGGAACUGGGUAAGGCCUCUGUGAUACUUCUAGGGCUGAAGUGAGCCAUAACUCUCCAUAAAAAUGACUCUGUCCCCCAGGAGAUCUCAGAUAUCUACAAGUUGUGGGGCCAGAAAUCUUGCUUCUUUCUCAGGAAGGAAAAAUCCUACCCCCUGCUUGUUAUGGAGUGAUUCUGCUCUCUGAGUUUUCUUCACUCUGAUCCCUCCCCCAUGGUUUUAGUCAGGAGGGUGGUAUCCAACCCUUUGUCAAGAUACCCUGCUGCGCUGUGAAAAUUACACAAUAAAAUAAUCUUCUGUAGUCUCUGUACACACCUCAGUGACCAAAGAAAAUCCAUGGAGAACUAAUCAAUUACUGUAGCUAUUAGGCUUAAACGUUAACUAAAGAUCUCAAAUCUUCUUUUGUCCUCUUGUCAGUGGCUACUAGGUUAUCUAGAAAAAUCAAGCACAGUUACUACCAAAAGCCCAUACCAUAAUUGUGUGGAAUCCUGGACCAAAGAAUCCUAAGCUAUAAGCAUAUAAUAUAGCUGGAAAGUACACUGCUAUAAGACUUCUUUGAAACAUAUUACUCUGUCAUAAUUCCCGUUAUUGAAUGUGAUCCCAGUGCUCAGAGCUGCCAGGCUUCAUUGGGUUUUUAGGGUAAAUGACGAGUAGGCACUCAAAUCAAUUAUAUCAUCCACUCUUAUUUAAGUUAUUUUCUGUCAUUUUAGGAUGUAAGGCUCAGAAGCGCUCUUAUUUGCCUUUUCCGCUCCAUGCUUUGUAAAAUAAGGUCUCAUGAGAACAGUUUUACAAAAAGGGGAAAACAUACUGGUAAUAAAGAAGGGGGGAAAGAAAAAGAUAGAACUGUCUGUAGUAGUAAUGUAUGACCUCUUUGUAUAUUGUGCUAAAUUGCAGUGUUUGAUAGUAUCAUCAGGAUUUAAAAGUUUCACUGAGUGAAAAUUACUUAGUUUCCCCCAAUGCCAAAUAGUCCAUCUAAUUCAGAGGAAGGAAGUAAUUGAAAUGUAGUCAUUUACGCAGCAAGCUAAGAGGAAAUAUUGUAAAGUAAUUCUUAGCAGUUCUCAAGUGUAGUUUGAAUUUUUAAGAAAGUUCUUUUUGGCUGGAAAAAAAUCAGGCCAAUUACAGGAAGUUUGGAAGCUAGAGAGUUGGCCAACUGAAAAUGUAAGGAAACAUUGUUCGGGGGAACAAAUGUUUGGUUCUCAUCAGUGAUGUUUCUGAGGCUGAAAGAGACAUUGCUACCCAGUCAAACUAUUCUGAACAGGAUUUUAGAGUAACGCCUGUUCCAGUCAGCUUAAAUAUGCAGUGUAUCUGCACAUUUAGCUAUUCUAGUAGAAUUUUAUAUGAUUAGGUGGCUCACGGACAAAAAUUAAUUUUAAAUUAUAAUUUUUUGAAAAUAAUUUGUUAUACCUAAAAGGGAUUUUGUGACAUUUUGAAAAUCAUGCUGUGAGUCAUGGCAUCUUUAUUAUAUAGAACUUAGAAAUACAUUUUAUAAAAUAAGUCCUAAUACAAAGUAUAUAUUUUUCUGUUAAACAGGUAAAUACUUCUAAAGAUUAUUUUCUUGGUAGAAUUUAUUUUUGGAAUGUUAUUGUCCAAGGGCUUUUCUUUAAUUUUGUUUUUCUGCUGUUGCAUUUUAGAGAAACAGAUUAAAACAAUUACUACUCUGAUGACCAAAAUCUGGAGGUCUGGACUCUGCUGAUCUUUUGGGCUUUGUACACAAUUCCGAGUUCAAACUAAGACUAUGGUUUCCAGCUCCAGAGUGAUUCUUCUGUCCAACUAUUAUUCAACUAUGACACAGAAAAACAACAUUUCUCUACUUUCAAGGGGUUGGGUUUUGCUUUAUAAUGUCUUGUUGUUUUCUCUUCUUCAACAUUUACUGUACAGCGAGAAUUAGAGAUCAGUUUCACUAUUAUUGUGUUGCUUGUAAAGAUUAAUUUACUGCCAUAAACUGAAACUUGCUGA